AUGAUUCGGGAAAAUGAAGAUAAUCACAUAUUGAAAUGUCGGCGAUUAUAUCACAAAUAUGUUGUUGACAUGUAUGUUAAAAUUGAAACGGAGAGAUUAACAUUCAUCAGGUUGAAUCAAACCAAACUCCGAUCUGAAGAGUAUAUUCACCUUCGAGAUGCGAUUAAUACUGAUGGAAAUGCACAGAAUGUCGGUCGGAUGACUAUUCUUCCAGCAACAUACAUCGGAAGCCCUCGGCAUAUGCACGAAUAUGCUCAAGAUGCCAUGUCGUAUGUUCGUCAUUAUGGUACAGCAGAUUUGUUCAUCACAUUUACAUGCAAUCCGCAAUGGAUAGAAAUCAAUCAGGAGUUAUUCUCUGGGCAAUCACCCAUUGAUCGUCAUGAUAUUACAGCCAGAGUCUUUAGACAAAAGCCAAAUGAAGUUGAUGCAGUGAUAUCAGCUGAAAUCCCUAAUGUACAAGUAGAUCCUGGAUUGCAUGAGGUAGUUAUCAAAAACAUGAUACAUGAACCCUGUGGAACUCUUAAUCAAAAUUCACCGUGUAUGAUGGAUGGUAAAUGUUCAAAACGAUAUCCACGGACAUUAAUAUCGGAAACAAUUACUGGUAAUGACGGUUAUCCAUUGUAUCGUCGCAGAUCGACAGCAGACAAUGGAAAAUCAACAAUUGUCAAAUUAAAUCAACAAGAUAUUGAAAUAGAUAAUCGUUGGAUUGUUCCAUAUUCACCCAUUUUAUCAAAGACAUUCAAAGCACACAUCAACGUUGAAUCUUGCCAUUCAGUGAAAUCUAUUAAAUACAUUUGCAAAUAUGUAACUAAAGGGAGUGAUAUGGCUGUGAUUGGAAUUGGUGCAGAGAAUUCAAAUGAUGAAGUUACCCAAUACCAAAUGGGCCGCUAUGUCAGUAGUAAUGAAGCAGUUUGGCGAAUAUUUUCUUUUCUUAUUCAUGAGAGACACCCUUCUGUUGUUCACUUAGCUGUGCAUUUAGAAAAUGGACAAAGAGUGUAUUUUACAGCACAGAACGCUGUACAAAGAGCUGCUCAGCCACCAUCUACUACAUUAACCAGUUUUUUUGAGACAUGCCAAAACGAUGAUUUCGCACAAACAUUGCUAUAUUCUGUAAUGCCAAAAUAUUAUACCUGGAAUCAAUCCUCAAGGAGAUUUAUACGACGGAAACAAGGAAAACCAGUUCCAGGAUAUACAGAUGUAUAUUCCACCGAUGCGAUUGGCCGGAUUUAUUCAGUACAUCCAAGCAAUGAUGAAUGUUUUUACUUACGACUGCUAUUAGUCAAUGUACGUGUCCCAACAUCAUUCCAACAGUUACGAACUGUUGAUGGUGAAUUGUGUGUAUCCUACAGAGAAGCCUGUCAACGUUUGCAAUUGCUUGAAAAUGACGCUCAUUGGGAUCAAACUCUCAAUGAUGCUGUAAUAUCAUCACACGCUCAUCAAAUACGAACAUUGUUUUCUAUAAUCAUAUCUACAUGCUUCCCAUCAAACCCAAUUGAUUUGUGGAUCAAGUACAAAGAUUAUAUGUGUGAUGAUAUUUUGUAUCAAAUACAGAAUAGAAUGAGAAAUCCAAAUAUACAAAUCAGUGAAGAAAUUUACAAUGAAGCAUUGAUUUCAAUUGAGGACAUGUGCUUGAUAAUGUCAAACAAACUAUUAAUUCAAUUAGGCCUGACCGCGCCCAAUCGUCCAAUGCAUGACGCUUUUAACCAAGAGUUGCAUCGAGAAACACUGUAUGAUCUCAACGCUUUGAAAGAAUUAAUUCAAACAAAUCUUCCACUGUUAAAUGAACAACAGAAGUAUGUAUUUGAAACUCUUAUGAAAGUAACAAAUGAUGAAACUGGAGGGAUUUACUUCUUAGAUGCACCUGGUGGUACAGGAAAAACUUUUUUGAUUUCAUUAAUAUUAGCAACAAUUCGCUCACAAAAUAAAAUUGCACUUGCACUCGCUUCGUCGGGAAUCGCAGCAACUUUGCUUGAAGGUGGUCGAACAGCCCAUUCAGCACUAAAAUUGCCAUUAAAUAUGCAUAGCAAUGAAACUCCAACCUGCAACGUUUCGAAGAACUCUGCAAUGGCAAAGGUUUUGCAGCAAUGUAAAUUGAUUGUUUGGAUGAAUGCACGAUGGCACAUAAAAAAUCUUUGGAGGCUUUGGACAGAACCUUAA